AACAUCAGAUCAUUUUCCAUAGGACUUAACAACAAAAGACAUUCAGCGCUUUCUUGAAAUAAGCCUGCGCAUUUGAUAUUCUAUUUAUUUAAUUUGUUCACUGAAUCUAGCCUACUCGCCGGUCACAACAAUUCGAAAAUGCCAUUUCUUGGACAAGACUGGCGGUCACCUGGUCAAAGCUGGGUGAAAACAGAGGAGGGAUGGAAAAAAUCGUCUCAGGACGAAAAAAAUAACAAUGUUUCCGAGUUGAAGAGCUUUUCCAAAGAGGAGAUUUAUUACAAAGAAAACCUGUUGCUCUCAUUGAACUAUGAUGUGGCUGCAAAGAAGAGGAAGAAGGACCUCCUAAACAACAACACUAAGAUUCCCUAUUUCUACAAAGACAAAUGGAUAUAUGUACACAAAGGGAGCACAAAAGAGCGCCAUGGGUACUGUACUCUGGGUGAAGCCUUCAAUCGGCUGGACUUCUGCAGUGCCAUUAGGGACACCCGGCGUUUCAACUACGUUGUGAGGCUGCUGGAGUUGAUUGCCAAGUCUCAGCUGCCGUCUCUGAGCGGAGUGGCACAGAAGAACUACAUGAACAUCCUGGAGAGAGUGGUGCAGAAAGUUCUGGAUGACCAGCAGAACGUGCGGCCCAUCAAGGAGCUCCUGCAGACCCUCUACGUGUCCCUGUGUGGCCUGGUGCAGGACAUGGGCAAGUCGGUGCUGGUGGGCAACAUCAAUAUCUGGGUGCACCGCAUGGAGAACAUCCUGCAGUGGCAACAGCAGCUGGACAACAUUCAGAUCAACAGGCCAACCACUACAGGGAUGACCCUAACUGACCUCCCUGCCAGCCUCCAGCUCAACAUCAUGCGCCGCCUCUCGGACGGGCGAGACAUCGUCAGUCUCGGCCAGGUGUGCCCGGACCUCGGGGUGUUGUCAGAGGACCGGCUGCUGUGGAAGAACCUGUGCCAGUACCACUUCACCGACCGACAGAUCCGCAAGCGUCUAAUGGUGUCUGAUAAAGGCCACCUAGAAUGGAAGAAGAUGUAUUUCAAGAUGAGCAGGUGCUACCCUCACAAGGAGCAGUACAGCGACACACUGCAGUUCUGCACACACUGCCACAUCCUCUUCUGGAAGGACACAGACCACCCAUGCACAGCCAACAAUGCAGAGAGUUGCUGCGUUCCAGUAUCUCCACAGGGCUUCAUCAACCUCUUCAAGUUCUGAGGGGGAAGUCCGCCAUCAGCAUGUGUAUAUAUGUCAAUAGUGCAAUGGAUUCCUGGAUGUCUUGAGACUGGGUAGGGGAAAAGGCCUGGACGGGUG